GGGACGCUGGUGGCCAAGAUGGCGGCGGAGCUGGUGGAGGCCAAAGCCAGCUUCCGGUCAGCAGAGUUGACCCAGGACCAGGCUGGCCCAUCGCUGGAGAACACUCGCUCUCUUGAGAUCUUUCCCCAGCCCCAGACAGCCCCAGCUCACAUGCUGUGCUCUGGUUUGCUUUGAUUACCGGAGGGACCUGGUCAGAACAUGGUGAUGAGCUUCCGGGUCUCCGACCUGCAGAUGCUGCUGGGAUUCGUGGGCCGCAGCAAGAGCGGGCUGAAGCAUGAGCUGGUCACCAGGGCACUGCAGCUGGUGCAGUUCGACUGCAGCCCCGAGCUCUUUAAGAAGAUCAAGGAGCUCUAUGAGACUCGCUAUGCGAAGAAGGGUGCCGAGCCCGGCCCGCAGCCACACCGGCCCCUGGACCCCCUCACCGUGCACUCGGCUUAUGAGCGGGCCAGCGCUGUGCCCAGGACUCCCCUGUCAGGCCCCAAUAUUGACUACCCCGUGCUCUACGGGAAGUACCUGAACGGACUGGGACGUUUGCCUGCCAAGACACUCAAACCCGAGGUCCGCCUAGUGAAGCUGCCCUUCUUCAACAUGCUGGACGAGCUGCUGAAGCCCACGGAGUUAGUCCCACAGAAUAAUGAGAAGCUGCAGGAGAGUCCCUGUAUCUUCGCGCUGACGCCCAGGCAGGUGGAGCUGAUCCGGAACUCCAGAGAGCUGCAGCCGGGAGUCAAGGCCGUGCAGGUUGUGCUAAGAAUCUGUUACUCAGACACCAGCUGUCCUCAGGAGGACCAGUACCCGCCCAACAUCGCCGUCAAGGUCAACCACAGCUACUGCUCAGUCCCGGGCUACUACCCUUCCAACAAGCCCGGAGUGGAGCCCAAGAGGCCCUGCCGCCCCAUCAACCUCACCCACCUCAUGUACCUGUCCUCGGCCACUAACCGAAUCACCGUCACCUGGGGGAACUAUGGCAAGAGCUACUCAGCAGCGCUGUACCUGGUGAGACAGCUGACCUCCGCUGAGCUGUUGCAGAGGCUGGAAACCAUCGGUGUGAAGCACCCGGAGCUGUGCAAAGCGCUAGUCAAGGAGAAGCUGCGUCUGGAUCCUGACAGCGAGAUUGCCACCACUGGUGUGCGGGUCUCUCUCAUCUGCCCGCUGGUGAAGAUGCGGCUCUCGGUGCCCUGCCGUGCGGAGACCUGCGCACACCUGCAGUGCUUCGAUGCUGUGUUCUACCUGCAGAUGAACGAGAAGAAGCCUACCUGGAUGUGCCCGGUGUGUGACAAACCGGCCCCCUACGACCAGCUCAUCAUUGACGGCCUGGCAGCUGCGCCCCAAGCUGCCUUCCCCCCAGCCAGGAGCAGCUCGGACAGCUCCAGGCUGCCUGAUCCAGGCCAGGUGGCUGCAGCCUUCUCUGGCCCUGGCUACCCAGGGCCCAGGCUCCUGUCCAAGAUCCUGAGUGAGUGCGAGGACGCCGAUGAGAUCGAGUUCCUGGCUGAUGGGUCGUGGUGCCCCAUCCGUGCUGAGAAAGAGCGGAGCUGCAGCCCCCAGGGCCCCAUCCUGGUGCUUGGCACCUCAGACACCAAUGGGCUGGUGCCCACCCCCAACGUCAACGGCAGUGGUGGCAUGGCGCUGGGCAGCACAGGUGUUGGGGUGGGCCUGGUGGGCAGCAUGGAGAAUGGGAAGCUGGGUGCCGACGUGGUGGACCUCACGCUGGACAGCUCAUCAUCGUCAGAGGAGGAGGAAGAGGAGGAUGAGGAAGAGGAGGAGGAGGACGAAGAAGGCCCCCGGCCCAAGCGCCGCUGCCCCUUGCCCAAGGGCCUGGUGCCGGCCUGCUGACCUGGCUGCGGCCACCGCCCCCAGACACGACUUUCCUGGUGCUCCGUGCGGAGGGCGGUUGGCCUGGUGCCGGGGGGAGGGACUUGGCUUUUCUUCUCAUUGUUCCGUUUGUUUCCACACCCCUGUCCCUGGCUCCUGCCUCUGGACCUCUGGACUCUCCUCUCCGGGGGAUUAAAAAACAGUAAAAUGACAAAAAAAAAAAAAAAAAGGA